ACAGGUGUGUAGUGAUACCACUGCAUUUUUGCUUUAUUUCAGUUGUGUAUGAGAUUUCCUGCAAGCUUUUUUGUUUACUUUUUUAUCUUGUUUUUUAUAUCAUCUUCAUUUCCCAAUGUAUCCUUCUUCUUUCCAGGAUAACUUGUUAUAACCACAAAUAUUCAUAGUAAAGAAUUUAUUUAAAAAGCAAUUUUAAUUAGUUGCAAAACCAACCUAUGUAUCUAUUGAGCCUUACAGGAUCUGCAUUAUUUCAUAUUACAGUUCAGCAGUGAUAAGGUUAACUUUGGUUGUUAACUCAUAUUUGGUUUAAAGAUAAAUUUGUCCUGAUUUUCCAAGACUGUCCAUUCCAUUAUGGUUCUUACAAAUUUAGAACUGGAAGAGACCUGAAAGGUCAUAUAUUUCAAUAUCCUUAUUUUAUAAAUGAGGAAUCUGAAGUCCAUGGAGGUUAGCGAAGGUGCCCAGGGUCACACUUAGUAAAUAGGAAGUUGUCAUUCGAACCCAGGUCCCUGUGCCAACUUGUUUCUAUUUCCUUGGACUGUGGCAAAAAUUGUUCCCUUAUUCUCAUCAUUUUAAAAGCCCUAAAAUUUUUUCCCUAUGCCUAAGGAUUCUGAUAGUUUCUCUUGGGGUAGAUCGAAGCAAAAAAGACUUCUCUAGAAAUCCACAAAGUAGCUAAUAUCAUAGCAGCAGAUAUUAAUGGCUUUGGGGUAAAUCCGAAGUAUAAAAUAGUUCUUCAUUGAGCAAAAGGACUUGUCUCUGAUUCUCUCGUACAUGUCAGAAAGACACAUCCAGGGUACCAUUACAGCAUAUUUUUUUUGGACUUUUCUGAAUCUGAAAAAUCACAAGGCUUUGGGAGUUUAGUGUCCUAGAAUUAGCUAUUUGUUCCUUUGUGCCAGGAUCUGCCUUAAAUUUACCUUAUUAUAAUUGUCAUGUUUUCAUUUUUGUUAAUUAUUUUAUCCUCUUGUAAGUAUUUGGCUAACUUUUAUUUCCAUGUUUUAAUUUAAAAUUUGAGUUACAAUUUAAACUUAACUGUUUAAUUUUUCAUUUUCACUGUUAAAACCAGCUUCCCUUUGAUAUUCAGGGAUACGUACAAAUAGGAUAUGCUUUCUAGAUUGUGGAAAGGCCUUUACUUAUGUCAGGACCUCUUAUUUCAUAUGCAGCAUGGAAGUGUUGUAUGAUUCAAGAGGAGGCAGAAUUGACAUCUGGAGCCUAUUCUUUCCCUUACUUUUCUCCAAAAGAGAUUCUAAUUCGCAAUAGGCUGGGAAACAGGAGGUUAGGGCCAAAGGAUAAUCACUUGACUGUCCUCUGAGAGAGAGGGUAUUAGGCUAGAAUUAUAUCUCUUAAUAAAUGGAGAGAAGAUAAACUCCCAAAUUCAAGGUUUGAAUUUCUUCCCACCAAAUACUUAUCCCAAAUGAACACAUAGCAAAUAGGAAAGAAAUCCAUUUAUCCAAAUUAUAGUAAAACAAAUCAGAACACAUAUACAGAGAAGAAUAUAUACCAGAUGAUACAAAGUAAAGAACCUCUCAUUGGGAGCCAGCCAACUCAGCUCAACCAAGGGAGAGAAUCCAAAUCUUAUGUAAGGGAAAAUUUCCCUAAGUCUCAAGUGUAGCAAACUGAAGAUGGGGACAUGAUGGAAUCUGCCAGUUCUACUCAUAUCAGCUUCUUCCCAGAGUCUUUUCCUUCAGCAACCAGAAAUGGGGUUGGUAGCUUCCAUUUUUCCUAUCCAAGAUGGAAGCCAGGAGUGCCAAAAGGAACUCAUUUGAAGAAUCCCAAAGAAGAUAGGUUGAAGGUCUCUCAUUCUUACUAGCUCUGUCCCAUGCAUCAUACAAGGCAAGGCAUUAAUCUCUACCAAUGAAAAAAGAGUUUCAUACCAGUGGGAUUUGGGACUGGAAUUACAGAUAGUUUGGAAUUUUGUGGUCUAUUUGAUGCUAAUUAACGUCAAACAUUUUUAUUUUGUUUUUCUUUUUAAUUUUGAACUUAAUAGCCAUCAGAAAACAUAAAACUUAGGUACAAAAGAAUUUAAAAGUUUUAAAUGACACCCCAAUAAUGAUUAAUAGAUAUUUAUUGAUUAGUGACCCUAAAUUUCAGUGUCAUUUAUCUUUAAAUGUAUAUACAGUGGUCAUUUCAACACGAUAGUAAUAAGUUUGUCCUAUUUGUUUCUUUCUAAGUAUCCCCCCAGUCCUAUUACAAUUUUUAAAAAUUUAUUGCUGCUGUUAUUAUCUAUAUAUUUAUUAAGUGUAAAUAUUAUUUGGGUUCUAAAUUCAUUGAGAGUCACUUUCAUCUAAAUCUCUUCCCUUUUCAUAUCAUUUUUAUGUGUACAAAAACAUUCCAUUACAUUUAUAUUAUGUUCAUCUAUUCCCUAAUUGUUUCAUGAAUGUAACUUCAAAAUUCCAUUUUGAAAUGCAAUAUAAUCUAUUUUGUGGAAGUAUGAGCUUUGCUCACAAUAGGAAGAUAAAUAGAUCACAAUCAAAUGAUUGUGUAGAGCUGUUUUAGGGAUUUGGUUCAUACUUGUGAUUUCAUUAGUGUUUUCAUUUCCCAGUUUGGAAAGCCCUUCUACCAAUGAAGGUAGCAAAUUCAUGGGCAGUUUUUAAGGUCAUUUACUGGGGCAUUGAGAGGUAAAGUGACUUGUCCAUGGUCACAAGCUAGUAUAUCAGAAGCAAGACAAAUCCUGAUCUCCCUGCUUCCAAGACUGACUUUCCAUUAUUCUAUGUUACUUUUCAUGGACUUAUGUCAUGUGGAGUUUGGAUUGGAAGGGGCACUAGUCAGAGAACUCUAUGUAGUGUAGGACUUUGCCCAAGGGUGCCAACAUAGAGAAAUGGGCUGGAGCAUGUCUUUCUUCCUCCCUGGAAGAGCAUAAUUUCACACUUUUUCCCUUUCCCUCCCCCCCAUUUAUCCUCUUUAUUAAUAGGUUCUGUGUCAUCCUCCACUACCCUCUCAAGUGCAUGGGGUAAUUUUCCCCACCUCAACCCACUCCCUCAAUCGAAUUUGCCUCAGAUAUAGUUUCAGGAAGUUACAAGUCUGGCCUCAAUUAAUGCUGCAAUAGAAACCCUUGUUCCCACCUGAUCUUCCUGUCCAUUGCACAGUUCUUUGAAUUCAUGUUACAGAAAAGGAAAAAAAAUAUAGCUCUUAGGUUUAAGCUUCUUUUGUUCCAUAGGCAAAAAUGUUAUUGAUACCACAUGUAAAAAUAUGGCAACUGGACUUUUAGAAAUAGGAUGGGUAAAGAAGGAGGAAAGGGGGGAGGGAGUGGGAGUGAGGAAAGGAGGGAGGGAAAGAAAGAAAGAGAGACAGAGAGAGAGAGGAGGGAAGGAAAGAAAGGAAGGGAGAGAAAGAGGGAAGGGAGGGGAGAGAGAGAGAAACAGAGACAGAGAAUUUACAAAGAGAGGAUGAGUUAGCAAAAUGUCAUGUACUAAAUUGUAAACUAGCCCAAAGGUGAAUGUGAUUAGGGAACAGAAGUACAGCAGGAGCAAAGGGCAACUAACAGCAUAGAAGAGAGAAGUUCUGAAAGACACGCAGGUACAAAGUGGAUCUUGAAGAGAGAAUGGCCACAUUCCUGAUUGCAACUUUUACCAUAUUAGUUUCUGGUGUUUAUGGCACUGUCUUCCCCAGAGAGCAAACUUGGUUUCAAGGGGUCUUCUUGUCCUCGAUGUGUCCCCUCAACAUUAGCAUGAACACCAUGUAUGGUAUCAUGUUUGAUGCAGGGAGCACUGGAACUCGAAUUCAUGUUUACACCUUUGUGCAGAAAAUGCCAGAACAUCCUCCAACAUUGGAAGGGGAAAUCUUUGAUUCAAUUAAGCCAGGUCUUUCUGCCUUUGCAGAUCAACCAAAGCAGGGUGCUGAGACUGUUCGAAGACUUUUGGAAGUAGCCAAAGAAUCAGUCCCCCCGAGUCACUGGAGAAGGACCCCAGUGGUAUUAAAAGCUACCGCAGGACUUAGGCUCUUGCCAGAUCACAAAGCCCAGGCUCUCCUUUUGGAAGUAAGAGAAAUCUUCAAAAAAUCACCUUUCCUGGUCCCAGAAGACAGUGUUAGCAUCAUGGAUGGAUCUUAUGAAGGAAUAUUAGCCUGGGUUACUGUGAAUUUUCUAACAGGUCAAUUGCAUGGUCAAAACCCAAAGACUGUUGGAACUCUCGACUUGGGAGGGGCUUCCACCCAAAUCACAUUCCUGCCCCAGUUUAAGAAAACCCUGGAACAAACCCCCAGUGACUAUCUCACGUCCUUUGAGAUGUUCAACAGCACGUAUGAGCUCUACACACAUAGUUACUUAGGAUUUGGACUAAAAGCUGCUAGACUUGCAACCCUGGGAGCCCUGGAUACAGAAGUUGUUGAUGGACAGACAUUCCGAAGUUCCUGUCUACCCAAGUGGUUGGAGGCAGAAUGGGAUUUUGGGGGAGUGAAAUAUCAAUAUGGUGGCAGACAGGAAGGGGAGAUAGGGUUUGAGGCCUGCUAUUCUGAAGUACUCCGAGUGGUUCGAGGAAAACUUCACCAGCCAGAUGAGAUCCGCAAGAGCUCCUUCUAUGCCUUUUCUUAUUACUAUGAUAGAGCUGUUGACACGGACAUGAUUGAUUAUGAAAAGGGAGGCAUUUUAAAAGUGCAAGACUUUGAAAAAAAAGCCAGGGAAGUGUGUGAUAACUUGGAAAAUUUCACUUCCGGCAGUCCAUUCCUGUGUAUGGAUCUCAGUUACAUAACAGCCUUAUUAAAAGAUGGCUUUGGGUUCAUGGACAGCACCAUGUUACAGCUCACAAAGAAAGUGAAUAACAUAGAGACUGGCUGGGCCCUGGGUGCUACCUUUCAUCUACUACAAUCUCUAGACCUUUCCCACUGAGACCCAAGUACUUCCUACAGGAACUACACUUGCCAGUGACCUUUCCAGAAGGAGUGACAGCCCAUUCACAUUGCUGAAUGAGUCUACAAUACGAUGGACCACAGCCAAGCAGCUAGCUCUUUGGGGAGCUAGAGAAAUUAAUAGAUAGGAUUUGACCUAGA